GGGGAUGCAACCAUUGGCCAAGCAGAUGCCAAACGGAAAAUGUGGAAGCUGAAAAGUUUUGGUAGCUUAAGAAACGUAAGCAAGACAGAGGAGGAUAAUUUCGACUUCCUCAUUGUGUCGAGCACUGGCCAAACAUGGCACUUUGAAGCCCAGAGUGUGGAGGAGAGGGACUCCUGGGUCCAGGCCAUAGAGAGCCAGAUCCUGGCCAGUCUGCAGCUGUGUGAGAGCAGCAAAAACAAGGAUCGAAAGAACAGUCAGAGUGAAGCUGUGGCUCUGCAGGCGAUCCGAAACGCAAAGGGCAACAAUUUCUGUGUCGACUGUGAUGCUCCAAAUCCGACCUGGGUCAGUCUGAACCUCGGAGCUCUCAUAUGUAUAGAGUGCUCUGGGAUCCACAGGAACCUGGGCACCCACCUGUCACGUGUUCGCUCUCUGGACCUGGACGACCUGCCACGAGAGCUCACUCUGGUUCUCAGCGCCAUCGGCAACCACAUGGUCAACAGUAUAUGGGAGGCACGCACCAUGGGCCACCGUAAACCAUCUCCUGAUGCUACACGAGAGGAGCGGGAGUCAUGGAUUAGAGCCAAAUAUGAGCAGAAACUGUUUGUGGCGCCGCUGCCUCCUCCCACUCCCAGUGAGGGGCCAGACCUCACACUAUCCGGCCGUCUUCUUUUGGCAGUGAUGGAGCAUAACCUCCCCAAGCUGCUUCUCCUUUUGGCCCACUGCACUAAGGAGGACAUUAAUGCCCCUCUCAGCCUGGCGCUUUCCUCCAGGGCGCUAUUAGCUCUGCGUCUGCCCGGCUCUGCCCUGCACGCUGCCUGCCAACAGGGCAAUGUGGUGAUGACGCAGCUUCUUGUUUGGUAUGGCUGUGAUCUCCGGUAUCGAGAUGCUCAGGGGCAAACAGCACUCGCUCUGGCGCGCAGUGCUGGCAGCCAAGAGUGUGUUGACAUCUUGCUUCAGUAUGGGUGCCCAAAUGAACCAGCCCCCUCUGUUGCCUCGACAGUCGGUUUUGCAGCAUCCGUUACAUCCAGUUUCCCUGUUGCCAUGACGCCCAGUCUGACGGUUGCCACGACACUCAAGAUAUCGCACAAGAGCGGCGGCACCAGCUUGAGUUACAGCACCUCUAGAAGAGCAGUGUCAUAAUCAAAAUGUGGUGU